GGGGAGGAACCGGGGCCCCUCCUCUUCUACGCCGUAAAGAUAGAAGAUUACCGGUAGCGCCUGGGCACUCGGCGACGCAGUCGUACGCGAUACGCAGCCGAUUGCGGUCGUUAAGUGGUUGGACUCUCGGUCCCUCGGUGACGAGACACGCGACGCGCGCGUCCGCGCGACUAGUACCUUCCUCCACGGGCCUCUGCGAACGGAAGCUCGCCGAAAAGUUCGCGCCGCGAGAUCGCCUUCGUCGUCGUCGUGGCGCGCCGCGUCGGAUUAUGUACGACAUGUUGCCGACGCUGGAGAACUCGCUGUUUCCGUUCAACCCGAGCCUGGACGACGAGAUCAGGCGGCUCUUCGACGUCACCCUCAACAAGAGGCCCCUGCCGACCGUUGAAGAGAUAAUGGACGAGUUUCGACACAAUGGUCGUGACUUCGAGUAUUGCCCAGAUGUGGACGCAGACGUGUCAAAACAGACUGUAUCGCGGCGAAAGAAGAACAAAAAACCUUUGCCAACGGAAUGCGUGUUCUGCAGAAAUAAUGGGGAAGAGGAAACGUACUAUCGGCAGCACUUGCUGAAAGACGUCGACGGACGUGUUCUAUGUCCCGUUCUCAGGGCUUAUACGUGUCCGAUUUGCGGCGCGUGCGGCGAUAUGGCACACACAGUUAAAUACUGUCCGAAGGGCCCCUAUAAUCCCGGUACCAUCAGCACAGCGAAUGCUUUUAAACUCUUGAGGAACUCCACGGGAAAACGACGAAGCAAGAAGGAGUAAGGAGACAAAUUUUCGAGCGUAUGUCGAUAUCAACUGCUGACAGAGGCUAUUCCCCGCAUACGUCCAAGUGCCAACGAAACAAUCUAGUUACUAGGCUAUUGUGUACAAUGCUUCUCUUAUUUACAUUUGUCUAUAAAUAAGAAAAGAGAAGCAUGAUCAACGUGACCUGACAAACAUUUAAGAUCUUGAGGCGAUCGUUGUCUAUCGUAAUGUCUUAACGAAGCUGCUCUAAAAGUUUCCUCCGUACGUAAUAGGAAAUAAGUUGAAAUUUUUAUCACUUGUUUUCGCUAAUGAACCUCUCGUAUUCUUUUACUUUUGUAUUCUUAUCGUCUUAUGUCUACAACAUAAUUACUCGUUACGUAUUUCACCACUUGCUUAUUUCCCAUUUGCACUCAAAUUUAUAAUGCGGAAAUUGCACGUAAACUGAACGUCGAUUUAGAACGGAGAGACUGGUUUGUGCGUAUCUCGAGAGUCGCAUGAUUGAGUCGGUUCAAGGACACAUACACAUUGUGUGUUUAUUACGACACGUUUGUAAGAGUUAAUCGCGAUUUUUGUUUACAAAGGAAAGAGACGCGCUUAAACGUACGGAGGAAACUUUUAGAGCAGCUUCGUUAAGACAUUACGAUAGACAACGCCUAUCGAUCGCCUCAAGAUCUUAAAUACUUGUCAGGUCACGUUGAUCAUCGUAUUGAUAUCCUCGACAAAUAAAGUUCAACAGUAGGCUGUCAGAAAUGGCAUGAAUGUGGAAUACAGACGUAUGUCCGUAAGGUCCAAGCCGUGAUACGUUCACAACUCACAUCUAUAUUCCAGUCAUCUAGGAAACGGACAUACGUCUGUAUUCCACAUCUAUGCCAUCCUACUGUUGAACUUUAUUUGUCGAGAAUAUCAAUACGAUGAUUAACGUGACCUGACAAGUUUUUCUCACGUCGGUAUUGUAAAAGUUGCACCGCACAAGGGAACGCAAUCUCUUUUCCUUGACGAUACAUACAUCCGAUACAAUGCACGGUUAAAAAUAUCAAAUAUGUCGAGUGCUUCCUUUAGCUUUUGAGGUUUUUCGAUAUCUUCGAUCGUGUGUACUACCGGAUAUGUUUGCGAGUCGUCAAGGAAUAGAGAUUGCACUCUUUUGUGCAAUACAGAAUUUACAAUAACCGAUAACUUGACUUUACAGAUAUUCGUACGGAGUUCGAAAAUCAAAGUAUAUGCACAUAAUAUUGUGUACAAAUUAUGUACAAUGUAUUCAUUGCACGUAUGCAGAUGAGAAGAAAAAUCACGUUUCUUAAUUUUCUUUGACUUCGAAAUAAUAACGAUCUUUUAAAGAGAUCUUAAAGAUUUGCCUGUAGACAUUUUAGUAAUUGUCAGCAUCUUAUCUUUCAUUUGAAAAACUAUUUCCUUGUUAAGUUAACACAUUGUGCAAUCAGGACACCAUGCGCAUUUUUAUUUUAAUUAAUUUUUUUAUUUAUUUUUCAUUACGGCGUUCAGCGGAACGUUUCGACAACUGUGUGAUUACGUCAUGAUUGCAUCUUCGCGAAUUGUUAUUGAAAUGAUUCAUUUUCUAUAUAUACAUAUAUAUAUAUAUAUACAUAUUUUUGUUACUAGUUCCUUAAAUGAGAGUUGUGAUAAUACGUGCCUUAAUGGAACGUUAAGUUUUUAUAUAUUAUGAGAUAGUAUAAGUCAAAGACGAUAACUCAUGCGCACAUCACUCAAUUAAGAAAAUCGGGUGCAGUCAUUUGCAUCCGCAGAUCAAAACGUUCGAUAUCAACAGAGAGUCUCAACGUUUCCGCAAUACGGAUUUCAGAACUAUCGAAAAGUACAAAAGUUUAAAUAAUAUGCGCAUAAUUAUCGCUCGUACACUGAUAACUUUUUAUAGUUAUCGUGAACAUUUAAUUUAUUUUGCCCCUCUUCCGUCGAUAUAAACCGACUCAUUCUCAAUUUUGUACAUUUUACGCGCUGUUACCAUGUUCAGAGGGAAUAUUAGAUCGAAGUGUUGUCACUGUCAGUUUCACCACGAUACUUACAAGGCCGUCGAAACAAAAGCUGCUGCUAAGGCCGCGCUUUCUCAUGUUUGUAUACGUAGCUGGCUUUCGCUUGGCGGAUUUGACAGUUCGUGCAAGGCGCAUGGUUUUUUCCCCAGUCGACACUUCUUUUCGGUGUUCCUCGAGAUUUAGCAAAGGACACGUUUCACUUUCAUAUCGUUUAACUUUACAAAAUAAUAAUUAAGAAGAAAAUCAUAUUUGUUGAGCAAUUGCUUCAGAAAGUUUAAUGUAUAUGCUCAACAAACAAAACUAUAUUAUAGUAGUGACAACAGAUAAUAUAUAUUUUUCAGUCUAGUAUAUUUUUAUUUUUGAAGAAGAAGAUAUCAAUUAAACUGUGUCUGAAGCUUGCUCGACACACAUGAUUUUCUUUUUAAUUGUUAGUUCGAGAAGUUUAUUAAAUAAUGCGAAUUACGUAGGGACAAUCUCGUUACAGAAAGUAUGCAGGUUUUUCUCCUUUCUUUGUAAAACUGCCAUCCAUUAAAUAAGUUUCAAGCGUUCCAUUUAUGUUACGGGUUCACUCAACAUUGAAAUUUCAGUGAAAUUUGGGAACUUUUCUAUUUUUUUCUUUUUUUUAUUUGUGUGAUAUAAAAAUGUUCAAAUGUAGGGUAUAAGAUAUAUAGCGUAAGAUAACUUAGUUUAGCGUUGUACACGUUGGAUUAAUUCUACCUCGAUAAUCAGCUAAAAGUAGCAAAUUUGUUUGCAACACUCAACAGAUUACAUCACGAGUAUUUGUUAUUAAAGCACACGAUCUUUAAAACAUUUCAAUUCUCUCUCGAAGAGAUAAAAAAUGCUUCUUCUAUUUAUCUAUGUCUAUGUAAUUACAGGAAAUUAUUGCUAAGAUUAUUAUUGAUUAUAAUUAUACAUAUGUGAUUUUCAAGAACUUUUAAAUGAUUUCUCAGGUUAUUACAAAUAUUUGGCGUGGUGAUUAUUAUGAUGUGCGUAAUUCUAAAUUUCGGCCACGUAUGCCAUUAAAGAUUACAUUAUUUAAGAUUACAGAUCUGAAGCAUACUGAAGAUACAAGAUCUGAAGCAAUUAGAUUAUUUAAGAUUACAUUCUUGCACACAUCAUGCAAGAAUUAAGACUUAUAGUGCCAAGUGUGUUACGUUUCUAAAGUGUUGAUGCAUAGUAUUCUUGUAAUUUGUAUUACGAGGCCUACUAUUUAAUAGUACGAAUAAGUGCUUCCUUUCAUAAGAUGCGCGUCUCGUACCUUAAUGGCAUACGUGGCCGAAAUUUAGAAUUACGCGAUUGUCGUCACAAUAAACCGGACUGAUUCAUCAGUAAGGUUGCGAGAUGACGUUACAGUAAUCCGAAACCGUGCAGUAACGUAUGCGAUUAAGAGCAGCGGCAGGUGAUAAGUGCCUUAGGAGCACCAGUAAGAGCCAGAUUUCGUAUGAAAUAUUCAUACGCAGGAUAUUCAAUAAGAACGAAAUUAAUAGAUUUCAAUUUGGACAUGUCAAUGGUAAAUCCAGCGUGUCCAGUUGCACGUUUUACAGAAUUGUAUAAAUAUUUAUUUUGUCGCAAUUAAGCGCCUGCGAUGUCGAUCGAGGCCCACCCGAUUACGCGUUUUCCUGAUUCCGAAUGUUGGUAUCUGCCGACCGAUUAAAUUUGACGCCAGAACCCAAAAAGCUUUAUUGUACCCGCUUGAAACGCGAGCGUGCUCGCGCAAUGAAACUUUUUGGUUUUUAGUUUCUUUGUAAUUCCCCUCCCCCUCCCUCCUCGCCGUAUUAGAUCUCCGUUUAUUCGGAAUUAAUCUUGUGCACUGGACACGCCUUUUCUUUUUUGUAGUCGUUCGUAUUUUAAGAUUAUAUUCUUGCACAUAUCGUCAUGAUAAUCGUCACGCCAAAUAUUUAUUUGUAAUUAAGGAUAAUUGUUAUCACUUUCGCCAUAUUAAUAUAUAUAUAUUAUUUAAAUUUAUCUGUACGAAAUUGUAUUAUGUUAAAUAAUGAUUCAUAGAGAAUAUAUGCAUUUGAAUGAAA